AUGGCGCCUCUGGGCAGGCGCGCGGCGGAGGAGAAGGGAGUGUCUCCUUGCGACCGGCAGGUAGUUGCUCACACGACUGAGCUUGCCACGCAGGCGCGGCUGCGCGGCCUGCCGCGCCACGAGUACUUCUUCGAGGUGGCGCUGGUGGUGGAGGAGGAGAGCGAGGCGGCGGUGCUGCAGGAGCUGCUGCUUCGCUCGCUGCUCUUCGCUGGCUCCCUCGUCGUGCGGCGGCAGCUGCGCGGCUUCCUUGCCGCCGACCUGCUCCCCGAGCAGCGCACGCUCCCCCCGCUGCUGCUGCUGGCCGCCCUCUACGCGCUGCCCCUCCCCCUCGUGCUCAGCCUGGCGCUGCCCCUCCCCCUCGUGCUCGGCCUGGCACUCCUCCUCUACCUCCCCGUCGCCACCGACGCCGCCCGCCACACCGCCACCGCCUCGUGGGGCGCCGCCUGGCUGCCGCGCUCGGUCCUGCUCGUGCUCGCGGCGUCGCCGCCGCUGCUCCUCAUCAUCGACGACUUUGGGGGCGGGGGGAUGCGGCAGGCUUGGGACGCCGAGGCCGGGAGCCUCCGCCACGCAGUUGAGAUAUGUGACGAGUGA